AUGCCGUUCUCGCACCGGCCGACGCUCAAGCAGCAAAACAAGCGCUUCAAGUCGGGGCAUGCGACGAAGGGCGAGCGAAAACGUGCCGCUAAAGCGCCCGUAGGUGGCGCACGCCCCUCCAAGGCGCACACGUUGCGCAUGGCCGGUAGCGCCGAGGGCUCACGGAGCAACCGCCGCAACGAGGCGCGCCAGGUCUCGCAGCAAAAGCGCGCUGCAAUCGUCGAGAGCACGCGUAUUUUUACCGGGACGGGUCUGCGUGGCGAGCAGCGCGGCGUGGGCGGACGCCAUGCCAAGGCAGGUGCGCCGCGUAUCUGUGCGGUGGUGGCGCUGGCGCCUGAUGUGGACGAGUGGGACGUCGCGCGCACACUUGAGCAGCACGACGAGUCGCUCGGUCUCGGCCGCAUGCCGGGCAAGAGCGCCGACGAGGCCCUGGCUCAGGCACGGCCGCAGUGCGAGCUCGAUGCGCCGCGCUUCCGGCAGUCGUUGCAGUUUUUGCCGAUCCCCUACGGUGCACUCAUGCCGGCAAUGGAUGCAUGCCGCUGCGCAGACUUUGUCAUUCUGCUCCUGUCCGCAUCGACGUCCAUUGAGCCGGGCUCAUGGGGCGAGCUGUGCCUGCGCACGCUGCAGGCGCAGGGCGUGCCCCAGACGUUGGCCGUCGUACCGACGCUACACUCGGAGGAAGAUGCGGCCAAAACGAAGCCCUCUGCGCUGGCCAAGGAGGCCCAGGGCGUGCGCAAGAGUCUCUUGAGCUUUAUCCAGUACUUUUGCCCUGACGUGAGCAAGGUUCAUGCGCUGGACGAGCCAGCGAGCCGCAGCGCGCUUGUUCGUACACUUGUGACUACAGCACCCAAGCGCAUGGCGUGGCGCGAUUACCGUGCGUGGCUCGUAGCCGAAGACGCUGCGUAUGUGCCACACAACGGGGAGCAGGGCCUGCUCAAGAUCCAAGGCUGGAUUCGCGGCGCGCCGCUCAGUGCGAACCGCCUCGUGCAUAUUCCCGACUUUGGCGACUUUGCCGUCGAUCGCAUCACGUAUGCGCCGCCCGGAACCGAUGUGAACACCGAGCCCGAGGCGGUGAUGCGAGACGCGGACGACGUCUCGGCGCCCGCCGCGCCGGGGGCGGUGCUGGACGUGCGGGAUGAAGAGGAAGCGGAUGACCUCGUGAGCGAAAACGAGCCGGACAUGCUCGCGAACGAGCAGACAUGGCCCACGGAGGAGGAAAUGGCGGAGGCGCCUGCGCAUGCCGAGGCGCCGGUCGACGAGGAACUGCCGCCUGCGGCGCCUGGCACGACGCCGCGCGAGAUCCUUAAGCGUCGCGCCGAGAAAGAGGGCCAACGUCGGUACCAAGCUGCGUGGAUCAUCGAGAGUGAUGACGAGGAGGAGGAGGACGAGGACAACACAGAUGAGGACGGCAUGGACGAGGAAGAAGAGGAAACAGGGGAGGACCCGGAGGGUGUCGACGAUGACGCUGAGGAAGCUUCCGUUGCUGACGACGCGCCGGAGGAAGAUGACGAGUACGACGACGAGGAAGAACUGCGCGCCAUUGAGGCAUACCGCGAGCAGAUGCAGCGGGAGCGCGAGGCCAAGAAGGAGGAGGCAGCACAGGCCGAGUUCCCUGACGAGGUCGACACACCGAUGGAUGUGCCAGCGCGCCAGCGCUUCGCGCGGUACCGCGGCUUGGAGAGCAUGUACACCACGUACUGGGACCCAUAUGAGGACCUGCCAGAGGACUAUGCACGUCUCUUCCAAUUUGACGAUUUUAGCAAGACGCGCAAGCGCGUCGAGAGCCACUCGCUCAUGGAGGGUGUCGCGCCCGGCAUCCGCGUGUGCCUGUGGGUGCGUGAUGUGCCGGUCGCCGCGGCGACGCGCGCGCUGUGUGCGACGGGGCAGGGGUCGCUGGGCAAGAAGUGCGAGAAUGUGCCGUUUGUGCUGUUUGGCCUCCUCCGCCACGAGCACAAGAAGAGUGUGAUCCACUUCACCGUCACGCGCAACACCGAGUACGAUGCGCCGGUGCGUUCCAAGGAUCCGCUGGUGGUCUGCCUCGGCUUCCGCCGUUAUGCGGCACGCCCGACCUACUCACAACACAUCCGACGCGUUGGGCGCCAAGGCAACCAUGUCUACAAGUUUGAGCGGUACCUCCCGCACGGCAUUGGCGCUGCGGUGGGCAGUAUCUAUGCACCGGUGACGAUGGGCGGCGCGAAUGUGCCGGUAGUGCUCCUGCGCAUGCGUUCAGAAGGCCAAGAGUACGGCUACGAUGCACAGGGUGUGAGUGCCGAGCAGACUCCGCACCUGGUGGGCGCGGGUUCCGUGCUGGAUGUGGCGCCGACGCGCAUCUUGGCGAAGCGGAUCGUUCUCUCAGGCCACCCUUUCAAGCUACACAAGAAGACCGCGACGAUCCGGUUCAUGUUCUUUAACGCGGACGAUGUGCGCUACUUUGCACCUAUCACCCUACGGACCAAGUACGGGCGCACCGGGCACAUUACGGAGAGUCUGGGCACCCAUGGCUACUUUAAAGGUACGACGAACGAACUAACGUCAGCGCAUUUCGACGGUCCCCUGACGCAGAUGGAUACGGUUCUGAUGAGCCUGUACAAGGUGCGUGCUUGA